UUCUACUCAGUGACUCUCCGCACCUCCAAUUUGGCGGAUCAGAGAUCAGAACUUAGUAAUAUUUAAUGUAUAUUUCAUAUUUUAGGAGUAGCUCUGGCCCACUUCUUCCUCUACAAUCACUUAUGGCAAUGUCAGCCCAUCUGAGGGAUAAUGGCUCGAUCUUCUGGUUGUUAACAAUUGGAUUAGCCGGUUUUAUAACCCUAUCUAGUGCCGCUUCCGACAAGCCCAACAUUAUCAUUAUAAUGGCAGACGAUCUGGGCUUUGACGACGUGAGUUUUCGAGGCUCCAAUAAUUUCCUUACCCCCAACAUUGAUGCCUUGGCAUAUAGCGGCGUGAUCCUGAAUAAUCUGUACACCGCUCCAAUGUGCACUCCUAGUCGGGCAGCGCUUCUAACAGGCAAAUAUCCGAUUAAUACAGGCAUGCAACAUUUCGUGAUAGUAAAUGAUCAGCCUUGGGGUUUGCCGCUGAAUGAGACCACAAUGGCGGAUAUAUUCAAAGAAAAUGGUUUUCGGACCAGUCUCAUCGGGAAAUGGCAUCUGGGGAUGUCACAGCGGAACUUUACUCCCACGGAGAGGGGCUUCGAUCAUCAUUUGGGCUAUCUGGGUGCCUAUGUGGAUUACUAUGAUCAGAACUAUAAGCAAAUGAGCAAGGGUUACCAUGGUCAUGAUUUCCGGGAAAAUCUCAAAUCCACCCAUGACCAGGUGGGUCACUAUGUCACCGAUGUCCUAACCGAUGCUGCUGUGCAGGAGAUAGAUGAUCAUGGUUCUAAGAACAGUACUCAGCCUUUGUUCCUGCUGCUAAGUCACCUGGCACCCCAUGCCGCCAACGAGGACAAUCCCAUGCAGGCUCCUGAAGAUGAGCUGGCUCAAUUCGGUUACAUCCUCAAUGAGACGCAUCGCUACUAUGCAGCGAUGGUUUCCCGCUUGGAUAGGAGCGUGGGCAGGGUCAUUGAAGCUCUGGGACGACAGGAUAUGCUUCAGAACAGCAUUGUGCUCUUUAUGUCCGAUAAUGGAGGGCCAACCCAGGGAGAGCACUCCACCACUGCCUCCAACUAUCCUUUGAGGGGGCAAAAAAACUCCCCCUGGGAGGGAGGCCUACGAUCCUCAGCAGCUAUUUGGAGUACAGAGUUCGAACGCCUGGGCAGCGUGUGGAAGCAGCAGAUCUACAUUGGUGACCUACUGCCCACGUUGGCUGCAGCAGCGGGCAUAUCCCCAGAUCCCGAACUCCAUCUAGAUGGCUUGAAUCUCUGGUCGGCCCUCAAGUAUGGCUAUGAGUCGGUGGAGCGUGAGAUUGUCCAUGUGAUUGACGAGGUGGAGGAACCACAUCUGUCCUAUAUGCGCGGCAAGUGGAAGGUGAUCAGUGGCACCACCAGCAAUGGCAUUUACGAUGGCUGGCUGGGCGAGCGGGUGACCAGCGGCGAGGUGAAUCCUCGCUCUGAGGUGUACGAUGAUCUCAUUCGGAAUACCAGUGUCUGGCAGCUGCUGCAGCAGGUUAGUUCUGGAAAACGCAACAUCACCGGACUGAGGAAACAGGCCAGUGUUGAGUGUGUGGAACCCUCGACUGGAAUCAGACCCUGCCUGCCCCAGCUGGCACCAUGUCUCUUUGACAUCGAGGCCGAUCCCUGUGAGCAGAGCAAUCUCUAUGAGGAGUACCGCAACUCGACUGUGUUUCUGGAACUCUGGCAGAGGAUUCAACAGUUUGCCCGCAAUGCUCAUCCUCCCAACAAUAAGCCAGCGGAUCCCAAGUGCGAUCCUCGCCUAUAUCGAAAUGAGUGGACCUGGUGGCAGGACGAGAAGGCUUCCACAGCGGCACAGAUGAUCCACUUUAGUUGGUUACUAAUGGGAACCCUGUACAGUUUAACGAUGAUCUAAGUACAGGAUCCUUUCCUGAAUGCCAGUCAAUGUAUUAACUAUAUUGUUUCCCAACAAAAUAGAAUUAAAGCUCUUAUCGGGGUUCAUCAUUUAGUUGAUGAAAACCUGUUGAGCUAAUUUAUGGCUUAUAUUAUUUAGUGAAAACCUAAUCAGUCCUGAGUAAUGUCUGUGCGGUUCAAGUGUCCAAUUGGCAAUCCGUUUGCUUAUCUUAUCAAUUUCUUCUGCGAACUCUGAUAGUUUGCAAAACCCCCUUAAAAACUUAAAAAAAAAAGCGGAGAUCUCUGUCAGUCAAAGGGACUUAACUGUAUUUAUCAGAGCUAUAUUUUAUUUAUAUUUUGAAAUGUAAUCCCGACACAAUCAUUCUUAGAGAUUUACGAGUAAUAUUAAAUUCAGUAUUCCGCAGGCUGGUGUUCCUGCUAUCAAAAACACAUUAAAUCAAAAUUAUCAGACUUCAUUUUCAAUGCCAAUUUAAAUAUAAAUAAGUUAUCCUGUUUAUU